AUGCCCUCACUGGUUCCUCAGAACGGGCCUCUAGCUACUCCGGGUCAUGUAAAGAUUGCUAAUGACGACGACGCGACGAGUACGCGCAGACGCCGAGCUAUCUACGAGGCCCAGAUUACUGCUUUCGUCGAUGCGGCCGAAGUAGUGGAUAUUGACCAGGACGCGUUGGAGGAUAUCCUCGAUGACUUGGACUAUCACUCUGUUGUAGAUCUGACUGACGGAGCCGGGGAUGUUGACAUGUUAGACGAGGACGGCACGCGAAUUAUCGCCGGACCAGGUUCUGUGACCCUCGACGAGGAUGAGGGCUUUGACCCUUGGAAAGGUGGGGAAGAUAGUGUUCCUGAACGAUGGACGAAACAAGAUAUCAAGCAGAUUCAGCACCAUCUGAAAGAGCGAGGCAUGUCCUCGUUUAUCCAGGAAUAUGUCAUAAAUCGUGCUGUCCCAAUACACGAGCUUUUGCUCGCUUUUGGGAUAUGUCUCUGCGCAGAGCUUCGACAAAAGAAGACCAACACUCUCCUCUAUUUUCUCAAGGUCGCUUGCUCACAAGAGCUUCAGCAGCGCGACAAGCUAUCACAAUACAAUACUGUUAAUGACGCCGUAGAGCUCAUCAAAUCUUCUAAGAAGAUCCUAAUCCUCACUGGUGCGGGCAUCAGUGUCUCAUGUGGUAUUCCUGACUUCCGCUCACGGAAUGGACUCUAUGCCACGCUCAAGGAUAGUGGAGAGUAUGAUCUAGAUGACCCGCAACAGAUGUUCGACAUAUCUUAUUUCAAGCAGAAUCCUGCUGUAUUUUAUUCUUUCGCUAAACAAAUAUACCCUUCAAACUUCAAGCCGUCUUUAUGCCAUCGCUUCAUCAAGGAAGUUGAAGACAGAGGCAAGCUCCUACGGAAUUACACUCAAAAUAUUGACACACUCGAGACCCUUGCCGGCGUCCGUUCCGUCCUCCAAUGUCACGGCUCAUUCGCCACAGCCUCUUGUCUAAGUUGCCACGUUCGUCUUCCCGGGAACGCUAUUGAGGCCGACAUUCUCAAAGGCGAGGUUCCGAUCUGCAAAGCCUGCGCUGAGAAUGCGAAGUCCUCUCAACUUCCACAGAAGCGCAAGAAAGGUAAGAGAAAGAGCAAAGGGAAGAAGAAGAAUCCUUUCGAAGAGGUUGAUACCGAGGAAGAAGACGUUGUGUAUCCCCCUUAUAUUAUGAAGCCGGACAUAACAUUCUUUGGGGAGAAAUUGACGGACGAUUUCGACCACGCUCUUGCGGCUGACCGGGAUCAGGUCGAUCUGAUCAUCGUCAUCGGUACAUCUCUCAAGGUCGCUCCCGUCUCUGAGAUACUCGCGCACAUGCCACACUCCAUCCCUCAGAUUCUCAUCAAUAAGACUCCUGUGCGCCACAUCAACCCUGAUAUCGUGCUUCUCGGCAACGCGGACGAGAUUAUACAGUGCCUAACCUCGCAGCUGGGUUGGCGUGUUGGGUAUAACAAGUUCAUCAACCCGAAACGAGUCGUUGGACGACAUGUCUGGCUGUAUGAGGGCUACGAAGGCGACAGCGACCAGUGGUUGCAAGAGGUCCAAGUCCGAUACGACAAGGAGAAGGCUAUGUCUAUGCCGACCUCCAGUCACGAAGACGGCGAUAGUCUCAACGCCACGGAAAGUAACCGCUGCACCACCACAACCUUCGACGAAAUCUACCCCCUCGUCAUCGAGACCGCCACAAACCUUGACAACGUCUCAAUCCGGAAAUUCCCACGAUCAACCUGA